UUCAUCAUAAAAAGGUGCUUGUUUACUCCUGGGUGAUCAAACGAGGUACUGGUGGCAAUCAGAUCGUUUCGAACUCAUUCUUUCGCAUCGUAGUAUAAAAUAUGACUACAUCCACGGUUAUCAAAAUUCUCUGUUCCAAUAAUGGGGCUCUGGACUACAACCAAUUAUUAGGCAAUAUCGGGUCUGGUGGUUGCUUCGGUUCAAACGGUGUUUUGGAACAAACUCUGGGAGAUCGGCAGAAGUUUGCAGUUGUUCAAAUCAACGGUGGCAACACAGUUAUUGCUAAAACCUCCGUGAGGCUCUGUAAAGCGAGGGAAUGCAGAGGCUGCAAUAAUCUGCACCUCUGCAAAUUCUAUCUGUUUGGGGAGUGCCACUAUAACAGGGGCAGGCGAAGAUGCCGCUUCUGCCACGACUUGACCACGCAGCACAAUGCUCAAGUCCUGAGAGACCACAACCUCCAGGAUUUGGACAGGAAGGAACUCUCUGUGCUGCUGCUUCAGAACGACCAAAUGCUGCUGCCACAGGUGUGCUUUUCAUUCAAUAAAGGCAGCGGUCAGUAUGGCUCCUGUCCCGAUCAGAUGAGCUGUACCCGACUGCAUGUCUGUGAGCAGUUCAUCAGGGGGUGCUGUAGACAGGGGGUCUCGUGCAGCAGGUCCCACAGCUUCCACGACCCCGCCACACUGAGAAUCCUGAUGGACCGGGGGCUAACUGAAGAGCUGAUCAGCACCCUGCCGUUGGUCUAUCUGAACAUCUUCAACAUGAAGAACGCCAGCUCGACUGCCAGUGAUCAGGAUAAAACUGAGAUAUGCAUCUACUUUGUCAAGAAAGACUGCAAACAUGGAGGCCGGUGUUUCAAGGCCCAUUUCGACAUGCCCUACAAGUGGGAGGUGUGGGCGGGGCUGAGCUGGUCAGCUCUGCCCAACAAUGAAGAGAUUGAAAAGGAGUUCUGUGACCCGGCCAACACAUGCAGCAGCGGCUAUCCAUCUAUAAACUUCCAGACAAUGACCCAGGGAGCAGCUAAAGUGCGGCGCCUCUCCACUGCCUCCUCUGUCACCAGACCUGACUGCACCCUGACCACAGCCUGGACCUGGUACUGGCAGGAUGAGUCCGCACAGUGGAUAGAAUACGCAGCCUCAAGUGGCAUUCACCAAGCUUCAUCCAUCACAAGUGAAGACCUUGAGGAGAAAUACCUGGAAGACAGCAGCUCAGUGCAUGCGUUCACAGCGGGCAGCCAGGAGUAUGAGAUCUCAUUUAAAGACAAGAUCCAGGUGAACAAGCGUUAUAGGACCGUGAAACCCAUCCGAAGGCGACCGGUGUUUGUCUCCAGAAACGAUGCAGAGGUCAUAAAAAAACGCAAAAGUGGACCCAGUAGGUCAUUUGCUCCCACUUUCAAAGGUGUUCCGCCCUACUGGGAUAAAUCCCAGUUGCCUGAGACAGGAUACAAGAGGAUUGCAGUGCUAGAGUCUACAGAAGAACACAACAAGGUGAAGAACCUCUUCAGGAAGACCAUGCUCGAUUUCACCAUUAAGAAAAUUGAAAGAAUUCAAAACAAGCCUCUCUGGGAAAUCUUUCAAUGGCAAAAGGAGCAGAUGAAAAAGCACAACAGAGGGAGGAAUGUCAACGAGAAACUGCUGUUCCAUGGCACAGACUCUGCUUCUGUCGAUGCUAUCUGCAAGCAGAACUUUGACUGGAGGAUCUGUGGAACACACGGAACCGCCUAUGGAAGAGGGAGCUACUUCGCGCGGGACGCCAGUUAUUCUCACAACUACACCGGCUCCUCCUCUUCCAGAACCAUGUUUGUGACCCGGGUUCUGGUGGGCGAAUCCGUCCAGGGAAACUCCAGAUACCUGCGCCCUCCCUCCAAAGACGGCGGGGACACUAACUUCUACGAUAGCUGCGUAGACGAUCCCCUCAACCCUUCCAUUUACGUGGUGUUUGAGAAACAGCAGGUGUACCCUGAGUAUGUUAUAGAGUACCAGGACGACAGUCCUAAUUAUUCAUGCACCAUCACUUAGUCAUUUCUCCCUGUAUGAAUUGAAGAAACCAUCCCUUUAUGUUUUGGAGAGCUCAUCAGGAUCUUCAUUUUAUCCCUGUUAUGUUUCCAAUUUUGUGUUCCCCAUCAUACAUGUUUCUGCAUCAAUUAUUAUUUACCAGCUUACUAACCAUUCCAGCAAAACAAAUUGUAUUCGACCAUUGGGUCUCCUUAUUAAAAGCUGAAGCUGAAGUGAGCUGCUUUGAUAGAAAAGUCUCUUGUGGGGUGGACAGCUGUGGUUUGAUUCCCCUGUGUAACUAAUUGAACCACUCCACUGCAUAAAUUCAGCUUUUAGGAGUCUUUUCAGAAGCAGGCCCCCAUGAAAAAAUCUAUUCAUUAGUGAGCCUGGUAAAUGCUAAGCAGAAACAGAAGUGGAGAGGAUUAGUAGGAUAGUAGUACCCAUGUCCUUUAUGCACACAUCGUUUGUCUGGACUGUCAAGUUUGCAGUUGUCUGUGUCCCUGGGAUGCGUAUCUGUCUGUUAUUUGAGGUGCAAGCUUUGUAAUGUUGGCAGGCUCUUACUUUGCAUUGUAAUUCUGUGAGCGGAUGAAGGACUGAUACAGAGUUGCGCCCUUUUCUCGUGACCUCCUGUGUACGGUUACAUGUUUGGCUGAAAUCCAUUUCAGGCUUUCUUGCUGGCUGCUGCACAAGCAACUGUUUGAAAGACAUUGGCAGGGAAGUGAACAGGCGCAAGACCAGAGAGAACCGAAGAACUUAUUUUUUACUGCCAAUUUGUUGUGUCUUUUUAAGUAUAGUGUUCAAAAGCCAGUAAAGUCCAUCCAUGUAGUAGCCUGGGUAGGUUAAUUUCCCACUGUCUAUUGCACCUGUACUGUAGUAAUACUGCUAGGUUUAAGGGUCUACUGGUUGAUUGUUAAUUCUUGGCAGAAUUAAUGGUAGUUAUGAUGUUGGGUACCGGUAGUUUAUUUUCCAAAUUACCAUUGCAAGCUAUAUAGAGAAAAAGAAAGAAAUGUGGUCAUUUAAAUCUCAUUGCUACUAGCCAACUGUAUUAAAUAUGUUAAAAAAAGAGCUCCCUUGAUUUCAGAUUGAUAUCAAUGCCGGAGUGCAGGAUGCACCCUAUAGCUUGGAGAUCGCCGGUUUGAAUCCAAGCUAUGCCACUGCCGACCGUGGACAGGAGUUCCCAGGAGGCGCCAAGCGCUGCCCGGGCAGGGUAGGGGUUAGGCUCGGCACCUGCAGGCUGGCCUGUGUGCAUUUCAGAACUGCGUGGUCCUCUGAUGCUGUAGUUUUGUAAUGGCUUCACGGCAGGCUUGCAGAGCGAAACAACGCGGACGGCUGACAGCACUCGUUUCAGAGUAUGCGAGUGCUUGUCUUCGUCUCUCUCGAGUUAGUUCAGGGGUUGCAGCGGUGAUCCAGCUUGAAUAAUAAUUGGACAUUCCAAAAAAAAUUGGGAGAAAAAUUGGAAAAUCAAUAAUAAUAAUAAUAAUAAUAAUAAUAAUAAUAAUAAUAAUAAUAAACUUUAUUUUGUAUAGCGCCCUUAAAAGCAAUCAUCUCAGAACGCUUCACAAUUAAAUAAAUAAAAAGAUAAAAAUAAUUGUUAAAAAAAAGGAACUGUAACGAAAGCAGGACUUUUCUAGAGUUGAGUGUCUUCUGGAAGUGCAAUAUUGAAGAGCAAGUUGGAAUGUAGCUUUUGUGGAUUCUGCUGCUAUGCCAUUUUGUUCUUCGUUCUUUUAGACAGAAACAUUUUCUGUUUGUGGCUUUUUGUGUUUGUCUCUUAUUGUUUAAAAAAAUUGUCAAAACUUAAAUGAAUUAAGAAAGAAAAAAAAAGUGUACACCAUUGUAUUAAGACCUUGUACUUUAUUGGGAACCCCAGCAUUUUCACUGGAACCCCCAAAAUGUCCCGUGGGGCCUUGAAACGUUGAGUCAAGCAUCAGCAUGGCCUCAGCUUACAUGUUGAAGGUUUUCAGACUUUUUGCAGCGAGGCCAUUUGCUAAUAUGAAGGAAAUAAGGGUUGCAAUACAGUGUGUUGUACAAUAAACACAGACAGCACAAAGAAGGAAGUAUAUAACAUUGUGUUCCUUUUAAUUACACUAGUUAUAAUUCACCUAUAACCUCUGAACAUUUCACCUGUUUAUGGAAAGUCUAGCUUUGUAAUACCUAUCUGUAAAGUGCUUUAAGGCUUGUUUUAAUCAAUUCUGUGUCCAGGCAAUGUAUUCAGAAAAAUACUCUGUAAACCAGGGCUGUAUUUCACUACGAACGCAGGCUUGACUUGGUAAACGUCAGUUCUUUGGGUUCCAGUCCACUAUGUGUUUUAUUUUACAGCAGUUAUGUAUGUGUUUUAUUUUACAGCACAGUUAUGCAUGUGUUUUAUUUUACAGCAGUUAUGUAUGUGUUUUAUUUUACAGCACAGUUAUGCAUGUGUUUUCUUUUACAGCACAGUUAUGCAUGUGUUUUAUUUUACAGCAGUUAUGUAUGUGUUUUAUUUUACAGCACAGUUAUGCAUGUGUUUUAUUUUACAGCACAGUUAUGUAUGUGUGUGACAGGAAUGGCUGAGUGGUGACGUCACGGCAGAAGCAGGAACAAAAACUGACACCAGGGCAAGUACUGCAGUUCAAGUGGCGUUUGCCGUUUUUAUUAACAAACAAAAAUAAAUAAAAUAUUUAAACAGAAAACACUUUGCUCAAAGAGCGAAAAUAAAAGGUUUCAACAAAACAAAAUCACGAACACAAAAAUACAUAAACAAAGGUCAGGCUGGGCAGAUUGCCUUCACUGUUCCUAUGUUUCUUUUAUUAAGUUUCGUUUUCGUUUUUACUCGCCGUCUCUCUGCUCUCUCGUUCCUCCUCUGAACUCCCACCUCGAUCUAGAGAGCUGCAGGCUUUUUAUAACAGGUGACCAUCUCCCGAUUAGCAACAAAUUAAAUCACCUAAUUAAUUCGGGAGAUGGCCACCUUCUGCACAAGUUUUAAUUAUAUACCAUGUGGAUGGGGCUUCCCAUCCACAUUACUAAACAGUAUAAAAUAAACAAACGGCUACGGCGUCAAAAUACAAAACAAUAACACAUACGGCGCUCGCCGACGUAAAUACAAUAAAUCAUAAUAAACAAAAACAAUAAUCUGCACAGGGGCGGAGGAUGAGCCCUCGUUCUAAAAAUAAACAAACAAACAAUGUACAGGGCUGCUCGCCCUGUUACAGUGUGGUUUAUUUUACAGCACAGUUAUGUAUGUGUUUUAUUUUACAGCACAGUUAUGCAUGUGUUUUAUUUUACAGCACAGUUAUGCAUGUGUUUUAUUUUACAGCACAGUUAUGCAUGUGUUUUAUUUUACAGCACAGUUAUGUUUGUGUUUUAUUUUACAGCAGUUAUGUUUGUGUUUUAUUUUACAGCACAGUUAUGCAUGUGUUUUAUUUUACAGCACAGUUAUGUAUGUGUUUUAUUUUACAGCACAGUUAUGUAUGUGUUUUAUUUUACAGCACAGUUAUUGUACAAUUUUGAAAGGGUUUUGCAAGUAAUGACAGCGUCUGGGGUAUUAAUGAAUUGGACCCGGACUGUGUAGCAUGUUGAAAGGGUGAGAAUUGCAGUGAAGAGAGAUUAUUGGCAGUUCAGUACUGGAUGGGCCAUCAUAUCAUUGUGUGAAAAACCACAUAUCAAUUGUAUCAAGUGCCUAUACACAUUAUACAGCUACUGUGAAGUUGGGCUUUAGUUUAAGCCUAAUUAACACUUGAUCACAAAUGACAAAAAUGGGUUCAUACUUUUAAUGUAUUUCAUUUUCAAAUUCAUACUGUGCUACAC